AUGGCGCCGGCCGCCAGCCACGGCGCGUUUGGCAGCCACGCCACCCUUCGCUUCAACGCCGUGAUGAACGCGCACGCCGAGUCAGGCGACCCCGCCGGGGCGGCCGCCUGGUUCGGCAGGCUGUGCGAGGCCGGGCUGAGGCCGACGGCGGCUUCCUUCAGGGUGCUCCUCAAGAGCUGCGGCAGGGGCGGCGACGCGGCGGCUGCCUGGCGCUGGCUCGGGGCCAUGGCCGAGGCGGCCGUGGAGGUGGAUGCGGCCGCCUGGAGGCUGCGCGCCGCGCACGGGCCGCCGGCGUCACGCCGGACGGGCCCCUCCUCGCCGCGCUGGGCGCGGCGGUGGGCGCGGGGCGGCGGGCGCAGCUGUGCCAGGAACUCGGCUGGGCAGUGCAUGCCCCGCCCGGCCGUCCGUCGCGCCCCCGGCCCAGGUGGGGCGAAAGUCGUUCCGCCCCGCGAGCGUCGCGUUGACCCUCCUCCCUCAGACCUGUACAUAUUAUGUUGGAAUUGCGGGGCUCACUGUUCCCAGAGGCCUCUGUUGAAAGCUCGCUGCAGGAAUCGGUUGGAGAUGGGCACUAAGGUCGCCCUCGAUCGCAUCCUCGCGGGAUAG